AAAUAUCAUAGCAUGCAAGUUGAGAGACGGACAAAAGUACAGAAAGGAAAUUGAGGUUAAAUCGCUGUGUGUGUUGAAAAAACAAGUUUGUGUCAACAAUUUUUAGCUUGAUAUAAAACUGUGCUGUAUAAUAAGAUUGAUUUUAAUUUUAUGCUAAGAAGGAGACUGUGUAUAGAUUAAGAUUUAUGUAAUAAAAUUAGACAGGAUUAAAAUACUGGAGGAUUCGUUUAGCAAAUUGUUUAUGGUAAAAUUGAAAAUGAGGAUACUUACUGCUGUUUGCUGUAUAGUGUAUAUAGCGCAAGUGAAGGCGCGAGAUGGACAUCCACCCCAGAUUUCUGUACCACAAGGAAAUAAAUGGUCUCAGACCAAAGUGUAUGUAAGAAAGGCAAGUCCUAAUAGAUUUGAAUGCCAGGCUACAGCAAUACCUCAGGCAAAAUAUUAUUGGACUGUGAAUGGGACAGCAAUUGUUUCGGAUGCUAGAGUAGUUGCAUUUGACAAAGAGACGGGGACACUUACAACAGGGCCUCUAUUUGGUGAAUUACACACAGGAGAUUAUCAAUGUUUUGCCUCCAAUAAAUAUGGUACCGCUAUGACACCAAUCCUGAAAAUCAUAGCCACAGUUGCCAAUACGUUUAAAGGAACAGGGGUGUCAACAACAGAUUUAGAGGCGGAUGUUUCAAAAUACUUUAAGUUGGAAUGUAAAGAUGUUCCCUAUAGUGUUCCCCAGUGGCAGUUUGGCUGGCAGAAAGGAGUUUUAACGAAUGGAAAAUUGGUAGCAAACCCAGUUAUAUUAACGGAAAGAUUUGCUAUUGAUAAAAAAGGAAAUCUUCAUUUUCUGUGGGCUGAAAUUUCAGACAAUGGUUAUAUCUAUGGGUGUUCUACAGUCAACAAUGUUUUACUCAUAGAAGUUAGUAAUACACAGACAAUCCGACUUACUGUGAAUGAUGGUGAAGUUGGUGAUCGUCAGCCAGAGUUGAAGUAUCAUGAAGAUGUGCAAGUGCUUGCCGGGGAAGAUGCUGAACUUAUGUGUAUAUUUACAUACUAUUCUAAAGCAGGAGAUAAACUGAAGAUAGAUUGGUUAAGAAAUGGAGUGAAUGUAGGAACAGGAUACAAACUCAAUUUAGAUAAUGUUUUGUUACCUGAUGAUAAACAGAAUAUGGAGGGUGAAUACAUGUGCGAGGCCAAGCUCGGUAGUGGUAGUUCAGUUUACGGAAGAGUUAACCUGAAGAUAGUUGCUCCUCCAAGGUUUGUAAAGGCCCCAGAAACAAAAUCGGUACCAAUUGGAAAUGACGCUGUAUUCAAUUGCGAGGCAACAUCACAUAAUUCGUACAGCGACCCCCCUGUCUGGUUUGUUAAUGCUGAUCCUCUUAUAGGCUGCCAUGAUCGACAUUUUGAAUGUUCUGCACUUAAAGACGGUAGAUCUCAAUGUAUAAAAGAAAAUAUGGUUUGUGACAAUGCCCCAGAUUGUUCUGAUGGAAGUGACGAAAGCAAUUGUCCAGGAUCAUGUGCCGAGGGUCAAGUCUGGUGUAACGACAAAUGUGAAAGUGCGGAUCAUGAAUGCAAGGACAUUGACUGCGAAUACCCAGGAUUCCUUUGUAAGGAUAAGAAGGCUUGUUUAACAAAAGAACAAGUUUGCGAUGGGAAUAAAAACUGUGCUGAUGGGUCUGAUGAACGUGCUUGCCCUGGUGGUGCAGAGAUUCAACGGCAAAGAUGGCAAAUGCCUUCAGAUAGAAAAAGACUUGUCUUACCUAAUGUUACAUUGGAUGAUACACUGUGUGUACAGUGUCUGGUACGAAAUGAGUAUGGAUCAACAAUUGGUGAUGCAUGUCUAACUGUUAUUGACAAGAUUGUUGUAAUCAAGGGUCCCAAUUCUACAUACGAUGUGGUGCCUGGCAUGUCCGUGUUUAUUGAAGUACAGGCAACCACAGAUAGUUUGUUCAAUAAUCAGAUGACGUAUAAAUGGCAGUGGUACGAGGAACAGACAGACAAGAAAACGGGCGUCACUGUUACAAAACCAGUAUUGCUGCCACCAAAGUCACGACUAGGCAGAUACAUCCGUAUAUCACAGAAUGGUAAGAAUGCAGUAUUCCAGUUCCCAGAGGUGAGCGACGAGGACCAGGACGCGUACAAUGCAUACAAUGCUCUCAAAGACCGAUUAUACACUCUUAUCAUAGAACACAAGUACGACCGAGUAGAAGUCAACUUCACAAUUAAUGGCAUCAAUAUCAUUAAACCAACUGGUGCUCCGGUGGUUGUAGAAGCGGCGUCAAAUCUAUGGUUCAUCGCACUCAUUCUGGCCAUACUGAUCUUGUUUAUUGUGGUUGCUCUCAUCGUGUGUUAUAUGUACAGAAACAGAGGAGGUACAUACAUGUUGGACAAGAAGGAGCACCAGGCUGGUCAUGACCCAGCACAGGAAUUAAAAGACAGUGGAUUCCAUGAUGUCGGAAGAAUUGAUGAUGAUUAUGAUGAUGACAAACCUCACGCUGAUGAAGCUUCCUUGUCGGAGAGUGUAAAACCAUAUGAAUCUGACGAUGACCCGACUGAGGAAUAUGGCGGGGAUUUCGAUGUUAGCAAAUUUAAUGAAGACGGAUCUUUCAUUGGUUUAUAUGGCGAUAAAAAAAGUAAAUAUUCCACAAAAGAAGCCACCGUAUAAUAUCACUGUGGACAAUAAUAUAACAUCGUACCCUGCCUUAUAAUUACAUUUUUAUCUCCCUUUUUAUAUGUUAUCGUUUUCAUAAAAAUAAAAUUGAUGAUAUUAAAAAUAAAUAUAAAAAAGGAAAAGAGAAAAUGGCUGAUGAGACAGUUAAUCAUAGUGUAAAAAGAUAGUUAACAAGUGCAAGAAAAAAAUACUGAAAUGUGAAAAAUACAACUGUGGUAGAAUAAUCUCAUCAAUAUUUUUAGGAAACUUAUUUUUAAAUGAUUGACAGAAUGAAUUUUGUUGUAUUUUGAUGAUCAUGGUAAACAUUGAACCUUGAUAUAUUUGUAGACAAAAUCUGAUUUAAGUUGAAUUUUGUUACUGUUGAUUUAGAGUAAAAAAGUCUUUGGAUAAAAGUAAAA